AAGUAAAUUUUAAAAAUCUCAUUUACAUAAGUAUUCAAUCAAGUUUCUUACUGCAAUUGGCAGGAAAUCCAUGUUACCUGCCAUCUUUCACUUUUCACAUUGAUGUUCUGUUGUUUUUCUAUGUUCAUGGUAUGUAAUGGUCUCUUUGGUCAAUGAUAAUUCAUUUUUAUUUUCUGAAGUAUAGUCAGAGAUCAAUGCUAAUGGACCAAUGGGUGCUAUUCAAUCCCAUGUCCUAUAGCAGGUCCUCCUGUGUCAUGUCUACAUUAUAAGAGGACACUACAUGUAUCUCCACAAGGUUUUGUCAUGUAAAAUAAAAUGGCCAUUUUCAAAUAGUAGAUUUCCUUUGGCAGCCAGCAGAGGGCGGAAGCAGUGCUCAGUGAGAGCACCUUGCCCGGAAUACACCAGGCUGAUUAAUCUGGAUUGCCUGCCCCUGACAAGCAGGAUAGUUAAGUCCAGCCCAAGACUAGUACAUUUGUAGAGGUAUAAUCGAGACUUUCGUUGCUUUUGGUACAAUAAAGUAUGGAAAUUAAAAGAACUGAAAAAACAGCAAGAAGUAAUUUAUAUGUGAAAAUUAAGGUGUGAUGAAGAAAGUGGCAGAUUCUAAGUCAAGCAAAUAAAACAGGAUUGAGAAGAUAGGAAAACCCUUAAGAUUAAAAUAUGCCUGAAGAGGUCUGUUAUAACCUGUACAACAAUCAUAUUUCUACUGAUGUUCACUGGGUAUAAUUUUUUUGCCACUCAUACUUUCUCUGAUACUGAAAUAGAUCAAAUGUGCAAGUGAGUUAGUCAUUAAAAUCUUAGGUGUACAAUAAAAUCUGUACCUUGAUAUCUUGGUAGUUUUUAGUGAAGAUGUGGACGAGUUUCUCCGUCAGCUCUGUCUACAAAAAUGCAGUACAGGUAAGAAAACUCAACAAUCACAGAGAAAUUUAUAGCCUGUGGAAUCUCCUCCCCGUUUGGAGCUUCAGGCCCCAUGAGGUGAUGCAGCAGUUUAAAAGGAGGCUUAUCUUUAAACUGAGCUGGAAGAAGAUACAACAGCUUACUACUGUACAGACGAUGAACAUGGCUCAGAACUAUUCAUCAGAAGUUGUGCUGAAGAACACAGCUGAAGCUGUUCUCGUACCACUGAAAGGUGGGGUCUCCUCCCUGAAUGAAGUCUAUAAGGCUCUUAUUGAGGCAGAUGUGGAUCCUGUAACUGGGAAAUGCUCCAACUACAACUACAUCAGACAGCAGAUAGAACAGGCUCAUCAGCUCCUGAAGCAGUCAGAACAGGAAGCCAGUUCAGGGUUAAAGAGUCUGGAUGAAAACUUAGAGAGACUGAUACAAGAAGAAUGGAAACUCGAGAAGGAGAUGAAGGACACAAAACUAACCUUAGACAACUUUAGAGAAAAGAAGGAAUCAAAUGAAAAAUUGCUCAGAGAAUCUCAAGGAGCUGUGGAGCAGACCAGGAGAAAUCUGAAUUCAGCAAUAAACACACUUCAGGCUCAGCAGAAAAGGAAACAUGAUGCUGAAAUUGUCACAGGUGUUGGGGCAGGACUGUUAGUUAUACCAAUCAUUGGAUGGAUUGUAGGUCCUGCCAUGAUGAUUGGUGGUGGAGUUGAACUGGAUCAAGCAAACAAAGCUGUCCAAGUGGCUCAAGAGGAGGUGAGAAAGUCUGAGAAUGAAGUGAGAAACUAUGAACUUAAAGUAUCUCACUAUGUGUCUAGGAUUUCCCAGACCGAACGUGACAUCAGUCAGAAAAAUGUCCAGCUAAAUCAGAUACGUGAAGGAAUCGAGAAGGUGAAGAAGCAGAGUCAGUCUGUAGCUGAGUUCCAGGGGAAAGUGAGAGAAGCUGUUCAUCUUCUGGGUGUCCUCAGAGGGAGGGUCAGUGUGGCUGAACAUCAGACUCGCAGAUUCAUCCUCCAGGAGCCUGUGAUGAAGGUGAUGGAGGAUGUGAUGAAGGCCAUAGAGCAGAUCACAGGGAAUGAGCUAAUCUAUAACAAUGACCUGCCAAGUCUCAUCAAUCAGAUGAAGGAGAAAAACCAACGUCUGGCAGCCAUCUGUGCCUAAGAGAACAAACCAGUCCUAACAGGAUUUGUUGAUUUCAUGUAUUAUUGAUAAUAGAAAAAUAUCAAAGGCUUUAACGUUCAUCUCUGUUCUGUACCGUGUUCCAUUGUACACAAUUAAAACUUCUUUUAAAAUCCCAAA